UGCUCCGACUUACGCAAACCAAACCCCAGUGUCGCUGGAGCGAUUGCCGCAGCAGCGCCACAAGGGUCAGUGACCAUUGUGACCAUUGGUCACCAUGACGGUCACGUGAGAGUGUUAAAUUCAAUGAAUCUGGCGCCAGGAUUCAGAAGAUGCGCCGACCAGCUGGAGGUCUCGGAUGGCGUGCGAGGUAAAAAGAGGUAUGUGUAA